AUGCACACAAAGACCUCACACGAGAAGGCGGUUAGUGCCCUGCUGGAGAUCUUGAAACGAGAGGAGGAUAUCCUGGAAGGAGACCGGAUACGGAAGGAAUCGUUAACACGAUUCAUCAUCUUGACGGCAAGGGCCACGUAUUUUACAUUCGACUGCAAUGUCUUUGAGCAAAUAGUUAGACUACCGUUGGGAUCUCCACUCUCACCCCAAAUUGGAAAAGAAAUGUCUGAAGUCACAGCUGCAACCAAGAGUGUAUAUUCGGUGCCUGGAUGA